AUGGUGCAAUCACCAUUUUACAUACAUUAUGUUCACCGACAUCCUCAUCACCCUUCACCCUCAUUCGUAUCUGCAAUAACAGAUACGACCUUCUUAGAAUCCCUUCUUGAACGUUCACGUGCUCAACGUGAUACAUAUGAUGAACGACAAAAACUUGUAUCAACUUAUAAAAUCAUAUCUAAAACUCAGUGUUUAUUACAAAUGCGCUCCAUGGAUGGUUAUGUUGAUGCUAAACAUGUGACAAAUCUUGAUGAUACAAAAGAAACAAAAGAUGGUGUCUUUGUGUUUCUUCCAAUUGCAGUCAAUCUUUUUCUAAUACAACAUAAAGAAAGUAAACGCUAUCUUUGUGGUAAAAAUAAUCAAUUAUUUGGCCUUACGGAACGCAACGAGAGUCAAUGUGUAUUUGAAACAAAACGUUCUGAUAUUGACUUUGGUCGUUGGGACUCUUAUCGUCUUUUCUAUGAAGACCCAAAUCGUGGUUAUUUAUCCAUUUCACACAUGUGCCAUACAAGAUUAAGGCGUAAAUUUGAUAAUGAUAACUAUUUAAACUUUCUUGCUUUUGUUCGCAUUAAUACUGACAUAUCUUUGGAAACGGCUGCUGCACGUCGUAUUGUUGAUCAACAAGAUGAAUCUCAUAGACAAAAGGCGAAAAAUGUGAAUUCAACAAACAAUAAGUCACCCAAAUUGAUAAGUGACUAUCGACAACGUUUUCGAUUCUCUCUAUCAACAACCCUGACCACCACCACCACCACCACCACAAGUACAACUAUUUCAACAACAACAACUACUCCGACGACAACCACAACAACAAUUUCUAUGUUUAGACCAAUACGAAGAUUAACUUUUUCUCCUACACCUGAACCAUUCAAAUCUGUAAUUGUUCAUGUUUAUAGUCCAGCAAAUAACUUAAAUGUACCAGUAACAACAAGAAGGUGGGGUUUAAGACGAACUCGUCGCUCAUAG